ACUGUGCCAGCCAAUCAAAGCAUAAUUUUGUCACUCUAUGGAGUCCACAUGAACCCCAAGAUAUUCCCUAACCCUGAACGGUUCGACCCUGAACGAUACUCACCAGAAAACGUCGCAUCAAGAGGCAAACAUGUCAACGUAGCCUUCAGCGGAGGACCAAGGGACUGCAUAGGCAAGCAGUACGCAUCGCUUUUCAUCAAGGUCUUGGUGGUACAAAUUCUGAGAAAAUACAAAUUGACACCUGUAGUGGAUGUACACAAAUUGCGGGUGAAACUGCGCAUCGUUUUAAGCAGCAUGGAGGGAUACGUCGUGGAGAUGGCGCCUCGUCGUUAACACAUUUUAAUAAGCUAGUA